AUGAAUGAAUCCAACUCAAAAACACAAAAUGCCAUCAAGACUGACCUUCAACUACUGCUGGAGUGUCUGAAGUAUCAGAUGAAAUGUCCUGAUUCUCAGAAACAAGCUCUUCUCACCAUUUACUCCAUCUGCCAACGGAAUGAUGAGUGUGUGGAGUUACUCAGAGAUAUGGGUGGGAUCGUGUUUGUGUAUAAUCUCUCCAGAUCCAGUCCCUACACAAAGGUCAAAGAGACGGCACUCUUUACCCUCAGUGCCAUGGCAGAAACCAGGGAAAGCUGUAAGCAAGACUUAUGUAGAAUGGAGAUGUUUUCAGACUUGGCUGCAUAUCUAAAACAGGAAGUUCCUUUGACCCAGAAGAGAGUGGCUGUGUACAUGCUGUCUGUGCUCGUUGCCAACAACCGGAGUGGUCAGAUUUUGGCUCACAGCUCUGGGUGUGUUCAAGUUCUGCUGGAUAUAUUCAGGUGUGCUUUUCCAGGCUCCAGUGAGUGUGAGGGCUCAGCUGUGUCUCCACUCUGGUCUUCAGCCUCCAGUGCCCUCUGUGGCUGUGUUAACAACCCUCAGAAUGAGGUUAACCAGGAUGUGUGUGUGAGUGUGUACCCUCUGGUGAAGUUGUGGUUGGACCAGUUGGUACUGCCAGCAAUAGAGCUGGCACAGCCUGUCUGUUCAUUCAUCGCCAUGACUGUCGCUAACAACAGUCGUGCACAGGAACAUUUUUGCUCAGUGGGUGGUGUGAUGUCUCUCACACGUGCUCUGAUAUGUGUGACCUCAGACACGCUCAGCGCAGCCAGCUGUAAACUGGCCGUCCUUUUUACCAAAACACUAUGUGCCUGCAUCACAGACAGCCCUGCAGUGGCAGCUGGCCUGUCUGAGAUGCAGUUGGUUCCUGAGUUGUUGUUGCUGCUGUCCAGUCCAAAUCUGGACCCCGCAGACCGCCUGUGUGUGGUGCUUACCAUUGCACACUGCACAGAUGCCAGUGAACAUCAUCAGACUCAGUUGUUGCUGACUGGGGGUCUUCCUCUCAUCAUCUCUCUGCUGACUGACAGUGCUGAUGAAGAGUUGAAAAAUGCAGCAAUAUUUGUCUUACAGACCUGUAAACAGAUUGCAGAGUCUGUGUCCCAGCCUGUGGAGGGUGGUGUGUGUGAUAUGGAGGAGCAGAGGAAGUCAGCCAGACAACUGCUGCAGAGAAUACAGCGCUUGGAGAAAAGUCAACAACAGGUCACACUCCCACAUUUUUUCCCUCAUCCGGUCACUCUGAAGACAGCAGAGAACAGACCACUGUCCCAGCCUGACGAUGAGAUUACUCUCUGUUCUGAUUUACUGAGUGAUGAGAUUGACAGGAUUCUCUGCACUCCACUGUCAACAGCACACAGUCACCCCCGCUGUGCAGGUUGUAUGUGCAGUGCAGAGGAAGUGGACAGCCGAGUGUUCAGUGCUGAGCUGCGUAGCUGCCAGUAUCUCUGUGACUUUCACUUACAUCUGCUGCAGACUGAGAACCAGCUCAAAACAUGCCUCAGACAGCACAGAGCCCUCAGGGGCCACCUUGUCCUGCAGUGGACAGUGACACGACUGAUAGAGGGACUGGAGUGGGACCGCACUGGUGGCCUGAUACUGGGACUGGGUCUGGUCUGGGACUGGGAAUGGUCUGGUCAGCUGAUGUGGGAGUUUUUAAGCAGCACUGUCAGUGAAAAACAGCAGGAAGAUGGUUGUGUUGAUGAGGCUGAUAAAAAUCCUGUCAGGAGGAAGAGGAGGAAUUUCUCUGAUGAGGAGCUGGUCUUCCUGCAGGAGGGAGUGAGGAGGUUUGGACACUGCUGGAACUCCAUUCUGUGGGCUUACCCAUUCACCCAGUCACGCACCAGUAUCGACCUCGCCAAGAAAUACCAACGCCUACAGAAGACCAGGACUCAGACUGAGGAGCAGACAGAGUGAGACUGGCCUCUCUGGAUGGGGU